AUGCCUCUCGACGAGAAACCACCCAACCCAUCCCCUGAUACGGAUAGUCUCGUGAAGCGGCUCGCCGGUCCUUCAACCACCAAGGCAGGUCUCGCGAAAGACCAGUCCGAGAUUAAUCGCGUGAUUGCAGAGGCUUCCAAGGGCUCUAAGUUCUAUGAGAAUGAGAAGCGCAAGGAUAAAGACCUCACAGAGCGAAUUGCUCGUAUAUUGAAGCAUCGCGACGAGGUCCUCAAAAUUGAUAGUACAGAACCCGUACAGAUCGCUGACAGCAAACGCAAGUUGGUGAAGCUGGAAUCACAAAGGGAUCUGUCGCAGACGAUCGUGCAUGUUGAUAUGGACGCCUUUUAUGCCAGUGUCGAGCUAUUGGAUGAUCCUUCUCUCGAAGGGAAAGCAUUUGCGUCUUACGAAGCGAGGAAGUAUGGCGUGCGCUCCGGAAUGCCAUCCUUCAUAGCCAAGAAAUUGUGUCCUGACCUAAUCCUCGUGGAGAACCACUUCCAUCGCUAUAUGGAGCUAUCUAAGAAAGUGAUGAACAUAUUCCGGCGGUAUGAUCCCAGCAUGUGCGCUGCGGGCUGCGACGAGGGGUAUCUUAACAUUACUGCCUAUUGCAGAGAUCAACAACUGAUCGCCGAUGAAUGCGUCCGGCAAAUGAGGGAGACUGUCUACCAGGAGACGAAGCUCACCGUCAGUGCGGGCAUCGCGCCCAACAAGAACAAACCGAACGGUCAAUUCACGCUCGAUUUUGAGCCUCGAGCGAUCAAAGCAUUCAUGCGCAAUUUGUCUAUUCGCAAAAUCCCUGGGGUCGGACGUGUCAACGAGCGUCUGCUCGAUUCUAUAGGGAUUAAGACAUGUGGCGACAUCUACACGCAUCGAGUGGUAGUGUCCUUGAUGGACAAGGAGUUUGGCCUCCAGUUCCUUCUGCAGACCUACCUUGGCAUCGCUUCGAACGUGGUCCAGCCUGGGCAACGGGAAGAGCGCAAGAGCAUAGGGGCAGAGCGUACAUUCCACCCUCUCGGGAAUCAAGAUGCCAUCCUAUGCAAACUUGAAGAGGUUGCUGCCGAAUUGGAGAGUGACAUGACAUCAGGAGGCUGGACCGGGAAAACGGUCACGCUGAAAUUCAAAUUAGAUACAUAUCAAGUUUUUACCCGUGCAAAGUCAUUCGACAGGUGGGUAUCCACGAAAAAGGAAGAUCUAUACGCAGUGAAGCUCCUAAUGCCAGAAAUGCCUCUUACAUUGCGACUAAUCGGUCUCAGAGUGACCAAGUUAAAGGACUUGAGGGUUGAAUCUGAAAAGAAGGCGAGUGGCAUUAAAAGAUUCUUCCAAUCUGCCAACGAGACAUCUCCACCUAGAAAGAAGCAACGUGUUGAGACCGAACCCAGCGAUGACGAGGAGCUACGUCUUUCCCAGGAUGGCUUCGAGGAUUCUAUGCCCGGGUUCCAUGAACAUGAUGUCGAUGAAAGCGAGCUAUCCAUGCUGCAAUCGAAUAGUGUGGUGGCUUCUCUGCCUCAACCGACAGAAGACCUGAGUAUGCAGACGUGUCCGAUCUGUGGCAAAUCAAUGCGAACGGACAAUCAAGGCCUCAACGCACAUAUUGACUUCUGCUUGAGCAAAGAUGCCAUCCGCGAGGCUCAGGCGUCCUCUUCCGCACCGUCGCCCAAGAAGUCGAUGAUCAAACCCAAGAGCAAUGCCGCCAGUGGAAGCAAGGGUGUUCGCGGGCGGAAGUAG